GUAAUCUGUUAUAUUCUUUCUUUUCAGAUGCCACGUUUUCAACCAGAUAACUAUUAUCUAGGUAUUUUGUUCCUCUGUGUUCCAUUCCAGUAUUUUCUAGUAUACUACUGGAAUAGCAAUGAGGUAUCGCGAACUCACGCCAUUAAUCAGUUUAUUAAAAAUCUAGUCCAGUUUAAGCAGACAUUUUUUCAUUGGAGUUCCUGGGAGAAAUGGUGUUCAAAUUUUUUAUCGUCUUUCUGGAAUGAUGGUUUCCCCGAUAAAAGUCUUUACGAUAGCGACGACCUUCAAGCAGAAUCACCGGCAAUAGAAGUGAUGAAGUUUAAACAGAAGCAUGGCUACUUUGCUUCUUCACCCGAGCCACGUAAUCCACGAUCGCCCAACGUAAAAUAUCGUAUAGGACAAGUAAUCAUUCACAAAAAAUGGAAUUAUCGUGGAGUGAUAAUAGGAUGGGAUGAAAAAGCCAAAGCACCUGAAGAAUGGUUAAAAAUAAUGCAUGGAGCUGAACAUCCUCACUGGAGAAAAAUGCCAAAUUACGCAAUCCUUGUAGAUUCUAGAGAUAGAAGCAGACCACAGAUUACUUACGUACCUGAAGAAAAUAUUGAAGUAGUAAAAAACACAAGGAUAUUAAAUCAAGAUCUAGAAGACUAUUUUGAACAUUUUGAUGGUGCUCAAUAUAUUCCUCGUCCAUGGUUACGAUCGCUUUACCCUCUCGAUUACUGAGUGAAAACACUUCAACACGGUUCUGUUAAUGCAUUUUAAGCAUACUUACCUUCUAUCAUUUGUGUGAUAAUGAAAGUCAAAGAUCUGCAGUCGGACCUAAAAAUGUUUUAAAAUUAAAUUGUCAUCACUAUCACACAAAUAAUUAAGGGAAUCUAUUGUAAACGUAGGUCUGCAUAUAAGAAAUCGGUUUAAAAUAUAUAUUUUACAAUAAUUAGACACUGUUGAGAUUGUUUAAACAAAGAUUUUAUUUAUAUAACAUCAAGAAUUGUAUUGCUUACAUUAAAAAAAAAGAUACAUUUAUGCAUUUAUGCUUCCAGAAAAAGAAUAUAAAUAUUAGACAGUCGAAUCUAUGCAAAGUUAGGUAAAACAUUUCAAAUGUCUCAUAUUUUUUUGCCACGUAAAUUGGAAAAUGAGCUUUGCUGAAGAGAGAGAGAGACUGUGCAGCAUUAAAUUCAAUUAGCUCUUAAACCAGAUAAAAGUGUCGCAUUUCUAAAUAAUCUUAAAAGUGACUCUAAUGCAUUUUUUAAAAAAUGGAAAAUUCGGUCCUUUAAAAUAUUCUAAAUGCACAAAAGCUUAUCGAACAAUCAAUAAAUAACAUGUAAAGAUAUAUUUUGAAUAAAUAUCCGAAAGAAAAUCUUAAGUUA